GGUUGUGCUGCUGAUGUAUUUACCCUCCACCCCUAAAGAGAAAGGGACAAUGGAGAAGCAUAGGAUGCUAAUCCAUAAUCAUCAACAAAUACCCAGAUUUGCUCGCCAUUGUUGCCUUAUUCUCUUCUCUCUUCUCUUCAUUUCCUCCGCAACAGCUCAACCGUUUGAUUACGCCGAUGCAUUAUCAAAGAGCCUCCUCUACUUUGAAUCCCAAAGAUCCGGCCGCCUACCCUACAACCAACGCGUCUCUUGGCGAGACCAUUCUGGCCUCACCGACGGCUUGGAACAAGGAGUGGACUUAGUUGGAGGAUACUACGAUGCUGGCGAUCAUGUCAAAUUCGGACUCCCGAUGGCUUUCACGGUGACGAUGCUGUCGUGGGGUGUCAUCGAAUUCCGAGAUCAGAUCGUCAAUGGCGGCGAACUAGAGCAUGCUUUGGAGGCCAUUAAAUGGGGGACGGAUUACUUCAUUAAGGCACACGCCAGCCCAAAUGUUCUAUGGGCGGAGGUGGGUGAUGGGGACACCGACCAUUAUUGUUGGCAACGACCGGAGGACAUGACCACCUCACGCCGAGCCUACAAGAUCGACGAGAACAACCCAGGGUCGGAUCUUGCAGGCGAGACAGCAGCGGCAAUGGCGGCGGCCUCCAUCGUGUUCAAGAAAACAAACCCGCAUUACUCUCACUUGCUCUUGCACCAUGCCCAAGAGUUGUUUGAGUUUGGGGACAAGUAUAGAGGGAAAUACGAUGGGAGUGUAGGGGUGGUGAAGAGCUACUAUGCGUCGGUGAGUGGGUUCAUGGAUGAGUUGUUGUGGGCAGCUUUGUGGCUGUACGAAGCCACCGACAAAGAGGAUUACUUCAAGUAUGUAAUUAACAAGGCUCAUUGUUUUGGUGGGAUUGGUUGGGCCAUAUCUGAGUUCAGCUGGGAUGUUAAGUACGCUGGCCUUCAAGUUUUGGCAUCAAAGUUGCUGUUGAAAGCAAAACUACAGCACGAGGCUCACGUUCUUAAGCAGUACCGAUCCAAAGCCGAGUACUACCUAUGCUCAUGUCUCAACAAAAACAAUGCCAGCAACGACAACAUCGAACGUACCCCAGGAGGUCUUUUAUACGUCCGGCAGUGGAACAACAUGCAAUACGUGUCGACGGCGGUGUUCCUUCUCACUGUCUAUUCCGACUUCCUCCACGACUCGAACGAACACCUCCGAUGCCCUUCCAGGCCGGUGGACCGUGAAGAGAUCCUCAGUUUUGCGAAAUCUCAAGUAGACUACAUACUAGGGUCAAACCCUAUGAACAUGAGUUAUUUAGUGGGUUAUGGUUCCAAGUACCCCACAAGGGUGCACCACAGAGGGGCCUCCAUAGUAUCAUACAGAGAAAAUAAAGGGUUCAUCGGGUGCACCCAAGGGUAUGACAAUUGGUAUGGUCGGGGUGAGCCGAAUCCGAAUGUGCUGGUCGGGGCAUUGGUCGGAGGACCAGAUUGCCAAGAUAAUUUCAUGGACCAAAGAGAUAAUUAUAUGCAGACGGAGGCCUGCACAUAUAACACAGCGCCGUUAGUUGGGGUUUUUGCAAGAUUGCUGCAGCUGGAGGAAAGCCACGAUCAAGAACGGGUUGCCUCCUUUUAGAAACAAUAUAUGUAUUGGGGUUGAUGAGUAUCGUGAAAUACUUUGAUUUGUGGCUGAAGUAAAGGAGUUGAAGCCACUUGCAUUACUUUUACCUUCAUUUUUGUUGAAUGUUUAUAAUAGUGAAAAUAUACAUAUGCGUUUUGUAUUGUU